GCUAUAUUUCUGGUCAGAGGAGGAGGAGGAGGAGGAGGAGAGGCAUAACGAGUUGCAGAAGUAGGAGGAGGAGGAGGAGGAGGAGAAGGAGGAGGCAGAGUACGAAUAGGAGGAGGAGAAGUAAAGGAGUUGGAAAUCGCGUAGGAGAUGGAGCAGGACGCGGAGGAGGAGGAGCAAGCAACUGUAGUAGUAGUCGACGUAGGAAUAGGCGGAGAGGGAGAGGCAGAACGACUUGCAGAAGUGGGAGGAAGGGGAGGAGGAGGAGGUGCACGUAUAGGACUAGGAGUGGGAGGGGGAGGAGGAGCGGGAGGAGAAGUACGGGUGGGAGGAGGAGGCAAGGCAGAACGCUUUCCAGAAGGAAAGGAAGGAGGAGGAGGAGAAGGACGAGGAGGAGGAGGAGGAGGAGAAGGAGGAGGAGGAGAAGGAGAAGGAGGAGGAGGAGGCGAUAGGACUUUCGUACAUCGUUACCCUCGCACAGCGGUGCCAUUGUCACCCUGCCCUUCGUCUACCUCGAAUAAGACGCAUGGGCGUUGUUGUGAAGAUCCGCAAUCCGUUCGUAUCUAGGGACACUACUGCAAGUUGACAACAGCUCAGCUGGAGUUAAAACUAAAAAGCAUGGCACCGCUGGGCUUUACUCGAGUUAAAACUUAAACGC